AGGCACUAUCAACAUGGCAGCUUUCUGAGUUUUGGAGGAGGGUACCUGGUGUAAAUAAACUAAUUUCACGUCUUACAGAUAACGACAGCGUUCGUGUGUUUGUGUCUAGGACUGGUUGGACCAUAUAGGGAAAAUGUCGACUGACGCAAAUAAAAAACAGUUCUGGAAAAGAAACGCAGCGAAGGUUCCUGGCAGCAUUCAACAUGUGUAUGGUGCACAACACCCCCCUUUCGACCCACUCCUUCAUGCUAACCUGAUUAAAGCUGGCAACAAGCCUCCUCCGGCCACGCCAGGCAAACCCAAGAAGGCUACCACGUUCCAGGAGUUUGAGAGCAUCACAAGCGAUGCCUGGGAUGUCGGGGAUGAUGACGACGAGUUGCUGGCCAUGGCUGCACAGAACCUUAAUAUUGAGGUUGUCAUGGAGACAGCAAAUAAGGUCAUCGAGAAUCACAGCAAGCAGCAGGAAAGACAGAGGCAGGAUGACACGACGGAGCUAGAACAAAGAGAAGAGGACACACAGGAGGAGGGGGCAGAGGACGAGGAGGAGGACGAAGAAGAAGACGAGGACAGCAGGGUGGGGGAAGGGGACGUGACCAGCCCAGAGGUCUCGUUUGCCUCCCAGAGCAGCCCUUACACUGAUGGCCGCCUUGUAAAGUCCCAAAGCGAAGCUCCAAUUGGGUCACCUAAAGAUGCAGCAGGUGAGCAUGCAUCGCUCCACAGACAGCGGUCUCUGCCGCACCGGCCGCCCGUCAUCCCUCUGGUGGCUCGCAUGGCUGACCAGAACACAUCCGGCACCCCGGCCAUGACCGAGAGAGAAGCGUCCCGUCUGGAUAAGUUCAAACAGUUGCUGGCGGGGCCCAACACAGAUCUGGAGGAGCUACGGAAACUCAGCUGGUCUGGAAUCCCACGACAGGUCCGACCGAUAACGUGGAAGCUCCUUUCGGGUUAUCUACCGGCCAACGCAGAGAGAAGAGAGAGCGUCCUGCAGAGAAAGAGACAAGAAUAUUUCGGAUUCAUCCAGCAAUACUACGACUCGCGCAAUGACGAACACCAUCAGGACACGUACAGACAGAUUCACAUUGACAUACCGAGAACUAAUCCUCUUAUUCCUCUCUUUCAACAAGCUUCUGUCCAAGAGAUUUUUGAGCGGAUACUUUUCAUCUGGGCCAUCCGCCAUCCAGCCAGCGGCUACGUGCAAGGCAUCAACGACCUGGUCACGCCGUUCUUUGUCGUCUACGUCUUUGAGUACAUUGAGGAGGAAGUGGAAAACUUUGACGUGUCCAGUCUCCAGGAAGAGGCUCUGAGGAACAUCGAGGCUGACAGCUUCUGGUGCAUGAGCAAACUGCUGGAUGGCAUCCAGGACAACUAUACAUUUGCCCAGCCAGGCAUCCAGAGGAAAGUCAAGGCCCUUGAGGAACUGGUCAGCAGGAUUGAUGAGUCCGUGCACCGCCACAUGCAGCAGUACGAGGUGGAGUACCUGCAGUUUGCCUUCCGUUGGAUGAACAACCUCCUGAUGAGGGAGCUGCCACUGCGCUGCACGAUCAGACUGUGGGACACAUACCAGGCUGAACCAGAGGGCUUCUCCCAUUUCCACCUGUACGUGUGCGCAGCCUUCCUGGUGCGGUGGAGGAAAGAAAUCCUAGAGGAGAAAGACUUUCAGGGUCUGAUGAUCCUCCUGCAGAACCUUCCCACAAUGCACUGGGGCAACGAGGAAGUGAGCGUGCUGCUGGCCGAAGCCUACAGGUUGAAGUUUGCCUUUGCCGACGCGCCCAACCACUACAAGAGAUGAUAGGCGUGGCUCUCCGCAGCUCCUCCUCUUCCUCCCUCUGAACUUCGAGGCCUCUAUCCCUGCGGGGAAAGAACUCCUUCUUUUCUUAACCUCUCUUCCCUUAUUCAGCCUUUCAGCUACUAAGAGAUUUGAAUCAACCAAUGACUGGCAGGACGUGCAGCAUAGCAAUUUAACGCGUUGAUGUGGAGCCCUUUUUUAAAUUAUUUUUCUCUGAUCAGCUCUGAAACGCGCACUCCUUCCGUUCCAGCGCCCGCCGUCGCUGAGGACUUUUUUUGGGAUUUCUGCCGAUGCAGGACGCCGAGGUGAUGCUCAGCAGCCGGGGGUCCGGUCUCGCUCAGAAAACAAAUCUUUUCUGCUAAAAAACAACAAAUCCAAUACCAAGGCAAUACAUUGUUUUUGCUACCCGAGGCCAAAAUGUGACUCUUUUUUUUGUCAGUUUGCAGGGACAGAGAAAGAUGGCAAAAGGGCGCUGCGCUACAUGGUUUAUUUAUCUGAGCCCGCUGUCCUGGUCCACCUGAACGAACACGACCUCUCCUGUUUUCCUUCUGUGUUUCUCCUGCUGCCGUGACAGGAGGGACACGGGAUGUUCACCUUCAUGACAAACUCACACUAGGACUUUACAGAGAGAGAUCUGUGACGGGAAACAUGCCUCCUUCCUCCUCAAAUGAAAUAAACACACUAUCUCAUUCCCCCUUUAUCUCGUCCUCCCACCCCACUGCUGUGUCGACAUAACAGAAGCCAUUCAGAGAGCUACUUAUUCCCACUCAAACCGCUCAUACAUGUCUCAUCUAUUAUCUACCCACCUAGCACUACCUCACACAUAUUCCACACACUCAUAUGUGCCUGCUAAAUUGAGAACACACUUCAUUACGGGGUUAAAAAUACCAUUUCACAGUUCAGUUUGAAAUUAAAUCAUCCUCAUGGAAGCUGAGUUUUGUAUCCACAAAAAUAGGCCUUUUCACAGGGUUGGACUUGAAGUAAAGCCUUAAUUAGGAGACUUAUUUCUUUGUUUUCUCCUCAGUCCUCCUCUUCGUUGCAAAGAAAUGUGAAAAAGGAUUCUAAAUGUGCACCAGUUACUGAAAAACUCGAAAUAAAGCAAACACUUUGAUUACAAACACUCCAAAAAGUAGUUUAAGCUCCAUAUCCUUGUUUGGAACACCAGUAUUUAGUUAUUCCUGUACAUCAACACUUGAGGAAAAUAAUGUCUUUAAAUGUCAAUGAGACAAACAGGACAGGGUUAACGGAUAAGAACGAAUAAACUCCCCUUAAUUAUGAAAACAAAUGAAUAGGAAUAAAGCGCGCUGCACAUAAAUAAACUAAAUGAGCAGAUGCAUUCAAAUAAACCUGCAUUAAUUAAUUAGUCUUAUCACAACAACACCUUCGUCAUUCUCCUGAGCAUCAUGGGAUGUCUUACACAAAUCCAGCAGCACCAUAUUGGUGUUAAUGUUGGGAGAUGGGAGUGGGGGGGUAAUCAGACAUUCAUGACAUGACGCGAAGCUGUUAGCGUCUGAAGCCUCCCGCCGCGACUCCGCCAGGACCCAUUAUUGUCACCCCCGCCAUGGAGUGCGUAGGUGUGUGAAGCAGAGAUGGAAGGAGAGCGGGACGGGGUUGUGUUUCUUUUGGAAGUUUCAGCGCUUUCUCUUCUUUCUUCUUUUUUUUUUACCGUGCGAGCUGUCAGUCUUUGAUCACACUCUGGGAUACACACACCUCAUCUCCCAUGCCCUCUGACAAAGGAAAACCGCUCUUCAUUCAAAAAAAGUCUACAGCCUUCCUCCUCUCUGACUCUCUCUGUCUCUCUGUCUCUCUCUGUCUCCGUUUGUACGAGAUUUAUUCUUUCAACCAGCGUUUUAAAGAUUUUCCAUUUUUAUUUUUUUAUGCUGUUUACAUGACGAGCCUAUUAAGUUGUGCCUGACUCCAGAGUUUCUGACCUUAAAUGACACAUUUUAGAAGCAAUAGUAUGACACCUGCUGUGAAAGGACAGAACAUCUUUCUUGUUUUGUUUCAACAUGAACUGUUUAAUAAACCGUUGGGCAUUUUAAUAGGUCACCAACCCCUUCUCCUGGACAGCGAUUGUUACUAAACUUGUCAAGCUUUGGAUUUCACCUCCUGCUGUCGUAAGUUGUUUGUUUUUUUUAGCCUUUCCGAUACCAAAAACACAAGAAGUCAUGUCUAAAAUAACGUAGUAUCUACAGUAGUAACCUAUAGUUACUUUCACUAGCUAACUACAUUAGUUUGUGCGAUUACAGGUUAUGUAUAUUUAUGCCUGAGGCAACAAAUAAUGUAUGAGGUAGACAGCUACUCCUCUGUGAAUGUGUGUGUGUGCGUCAGGGAAAAAAGAAACACCCCUUCCCUUUCAAAUCAUGAAGAGUUUCUCUAUUUUUGCUGUAAUGCAUAUGCAGUGUUUCCACCCUUAAACAGAAGAAGUUAUUUACUCAAACAAACACACACACACACACAUACACACACAUAUACACACACAAACAACUCCAUGGUGAUGAAGGCCAAGGUGGUGUCUGGCUGGAGCCCGUUAUCUAUUAUCCCACACUCAGGCUUCAAACAUUUUUUGGAGCCUCCACAUGAGGGUGUCCUUAAGUAACAGCUUUUGUUUCAUGUUCUCGCGCUCACAUGAAAAUAUGUUUAUGAAACUGAAAGAAAAAAAGAAGAUCCUCCAUUCAUGUCUUUUGCCUCUUGAGUACUCUGAAGAAUCUAAUAAUACUACAGCGUGUUGGUGACAGGAGUCCUGGUUCUUGAAUUUAAAAUGUGUACAGAGAUGAUUUUGAAUCUGUAAAUAGAAAGUGUAAAUAAAUCCUAUAUAUGACAAAA